AUGUAUCAUUUCAUAUUCACUGAUAAUCGCGUUACAGCUCCUUCGGACCCCAAAAGUGAAGCCUCAGAACCCGCAGCAAGACCACCUUUUAUUGAACCUGGCGGUCUUCGAACUCGGUCAAUCGCAACUGGGACGAAAGUGCAGCGCUUCGAGUCUGGGCUUAGCGUUAGCGACUUGACUCGGGGAUAUUCUUGCGAUAGGUUCCUUCUCAAGUUCUAUUGGCCGGACGAUGUCCAAGGGUUUGUUGAAGCCGAUUUCCUCACUGCUACUUCUGGUGCCUUCGGCACUCCCUCUCAUAUUGUUUCCUAUACGAUGAGGGAACCUUCCGGCCUCCUUGUCUCGAAUCGCAUCUUUUUACCUGGCGAACAAGAAACUGAAUACGAGGGUGUAUGGUGGAAGGUGUGGGAGAAAACAAAGGAUUACCACCCCAAGCGACCGAACUAUCGCGAAGUCGCAUGCCAUCUUUGCGGAGCGUUGGGUAGUACGUUGCUCGACGCUCCAAGUUCAUGGUCGCUCCUCGAGUCAGUCAGCCAUGCUUUGCUCGGAUGGCUGGUGUACUAUCAGAAUGGUUUCAUGCACCGAGAUGUCAGUAUUGGGAACGUCCUCCGAUUGGAGCCUGGGCUAGCAAUGAAGACAAUCGACAUUGUAGAUCCUUUUCCAGGAAGAGAUGUAUCACCAAAGGAGCCUGAACAAGCGCGAAACACCAUCGCUGGCACACGGUCGCAAAAGGAGUCUGAACAAGUGCGAAACACCAUCGCUAGCACACGGUCGCACAUAGAUGAGAUCAAGCGUCUGGUCGAAAAGCUGGGAAUAAGCAGCGGAUGCAAGGGUAUCUUCUUGAUAGAUGGUGAUAUGGCCGCCAAUUGGAAGACCUACUUUGACAAAGACCAUGACUCUCACUCACUAUCAGGUACUGAAGAAUUCAUGUCCAUCAAUCUCCUGACGGCUACACUACGCGGUAGUGACUAUCUACAAUCUCCUGUGGACGACAUGCAUUCGUUCUUCUGGGUAGCCUUAUGGGCGGUAAUGUUCAACUCUCUCAAUGAAAGUUCAAGGUCAGAAGAUGAGCUUUGGGCACGAGGCCGGUGGGUGGAACGCGCCUCAGACAAGGCACAUAUGCUACCGCAGCUUAAAACUUCACUACGAGCAGGAAAGCUCAGCCCGAUCGCAGGACAGUUGACUCCAUUUCUGGGCCAGUGGUUCUCCCGCAUUGAAGCGUUACAAGAGGAUUGGGACACAACCAGAGGAACUGACUUCCAAGAUAGAAAGGAAUGGUUUACCACACAUUUCCACCUAUUUGCUUACCGUGGCAUACGCGAGUCGUUGGAGUUGAUCCUGCAACACCGAGAGGCGUUGAUGAAACAUGGACCAUUCAAAACCCCAGCCUGA